UUUACUAAACCAAGUUGUUUUCUGAGCCUGAAUUGUGAAUCUCAGCUAAUUGGUUUUAAACACAGUGAAGUAAAAGAUGAUGCAGGUGGCGCUAUGCGUCUGGCGGAAACAAAGAAGAACUUCCGGGUAGCAGUGAUGGCUUCCAGGCGGCCGGACAGCUUCGACGGGCUCGGAUACCGCGGCCGUGACAACCCGCUGUACGGACCCAGCUAUCCUGUCAGGAGUGCCGGAGCCCCCGCGGAGCUUCAGCACCACCACUGGGUCACCACGCCCCCAGACAUUCCCGGCAGCCGCAACCUGCACCCUGGAGACCGCACGCCGCAGUACGACCGGCCGCUGGGGGAACCCGGAGGCUCCGGAGCUGGAUGGGACGCUCCGCAGCCCAGCGUUCCACCGGGCGGUAUGUUUGUAGAGCAGCUGAGUCGAUUCGCAGGCUUUGGAAUAGGACUGGUCAGCCUGUUCACUGAGAACGUCCUUGCUCAUCCCUGCAUUGUGUUUCGCAGACAGUGUCAGGUGAACUACCAUGCCCGCUGCCACCACCUGUCCCCGUUCAGCACUGUUCCUGUCAUGUACUCCAUUACCAAGGCCCAGGGUGUGAAGUCUCUGUGGAAGGGAAUGGGCAGUACCUUCAUUGUUCACGGUAUAACGCUGGGAUCCGAGGGCAUCAUCAGCGAGUUCACCCCCCUACCACGUGAGCUUCCUCACAGAUGGAGCUGGAAACAACUGACUGGACACCUGCUGCUCAAAGGGUUAACAGCUGUAGUGGCUCUGCCGUUUUAUUGUGCCAGCCUCAUUGAGACCGUGCAGAGUGACAUUGUGCGGGAUGAAUCGUCUUCUGGGCUGCUGGACUGUAUCCGUGAAGGUCUGGCUCGGUUGUUGGGCGUUGGAGCUCCUCAUAGUCGCCGCCUGCUUCCUCUCAGCUGUUUGCUGCUUCCUGCUGCACUGCAUGCUGUCCUGCGAUACACUGUUUCCUCCUCAGUCCAGCGGGUGGUGCUGUGGUUUCACCAAAGGAGCAGGAAACCGAGGGCAGACCCCUCCAACCCUCUGGAUGCCUAUUUCCCAGAGCUGGUAGCUGCAUGGUUGGGGGCACUGGUGGCCGAUGUGGUGGUGUUUCCUCUGGAGACUGCACUGCACCGCCUCAGCCUGCAGGGUACACGCACAAUCAUUGAUGCCACAGAUGGUCCAGUGGCAGCUGGAACCAGUGGCAGCCCACUUGUGCUGCCUGUAAACACACAGUACGACGGCUUCUCUGACUGCCUCCACGCCAUUCGCCGUAAGGAGGGUGGGGCUGGCUUCUAUCGGGGCUUUGGUGCUCUGCUGGCACAGUAUGCACUGCAUGGGGCACUGCUUGCUGCAGCCAGGACCCUGCUACGGCUGCUGCUGCUGGACGGGAAGAGCAGCUAGAUUUGUUACCAUGAAAGGAGUAGCUGGGAUGGUUACUUGUCUGACAUACAAGUUCAAAAAAAUGUUAAUUCAUGAGAGUCUGAGCAGCUAAUAUUAGGGUCGGAUAAAAAUCACAGCACACAACAAACAGCAAAGGGGAUGGGCAUACUAACAACACAGCAUCACUCAAACACAGCAGCAUGUGUCUUCAGGACAAAACCACAGCGCCAUUGUGGAAACCUACUGGAAAAUAUCUGCAAGCUAACUAGCCUAGCAACCACUCGUUCCUAUAGAACACUACAACUUAUAGUUGUUCCUUUGGCUCUGCUGGUAGACACUGUUCAUGGCUUUAAUAUGGUAACAGCAGUGCUCUUGACUCUGAUUGGUGUCACUGUCUGCAACACACUUUUCAUCUGGUCAUCAAUGAAACAGUUUAGCUCAGUCAGUGUCAGUCAGCGUGACAUCAUUUCCUCUCCGAGCAUAAACCUGUUGUACCUGUGCUUGAAUUCUGAAAAACGGUGACGAUAAACAAACAAAAAAUGUACAAAGAUGUAAUUACCUGAAUCUAGAUGAUUAACAUUAGAGCACUAUUAAUGAUGUUUAAUCAAGUGAAUAGACAACAUGUUAAAGGAAAGGGGUGUUUUUCAAAAUAUGUCUGAAACAUAAAGAUUAUUCAACGUGUUUUUAAUUUCACUCGUUCCUGUUCUGUUGUAAAUGUGAAUGAAACUUGUGAUGUAAACAACAAAGAUAUUUCUACUUUACAUUUGUUUUCAAAUUAAUAAAAUCACAAAUUAAUGUGCUUUCAGAUGUGGUUGUUACAGUUGUACACAUACACAACAUAAAAUCAGAUAUUAAAUAAAAUCAAUAAAAUCAGGUACCUCCGA